ACUACUUCCUUGUUGAGUUCACCUACUCGAUUUGAUAGUCACCACCAUCCCAGUCAAUGCUAGAAAACUUACAAUAAAACAAAUAAUAUACUGCAGCAGAAAAAAAGUUGCAAACUACUCAUUUUUAAAAACUAUUUUCCUUUUUCAGAAUAUUUAUUUUUUCUUUUCUUUAAAACUCAGUUUGAACUUGAAAUUUCUGAAGAAAAUGUCAUGUGCGAUAUAAAAGUUAAAAAUAUAAAUAAAAACAAACCAAAAAGAAAACUAUAUUUUUGAAUGGAUUGUCACAUAGUGGGGGAUCAGUUGGUACUGACAAUAUCUGUAAUUAAUCGAUCUUGUACUCAAUAACCAACGCUUAGGUAUACUUUCAGCUACACGAUUGUAGCAUGUUCUGUUUUCGUCACAGAGAGCAGGUGCUGAACACUUAGAUAGGUAGACUGCUUGGUAUCCAUACCUAACAUACAAUUGCCUAGCAGAUCCUUAAGGGCUGACUUUAAAACAGUCGCCGGAAUCUGUAGGGAAAUAUAUAGAUAUUAACAUUUCAACACACGCACUUACACACACACACACAUAUAUAUAUAUAUAUAAUAUAAUAUAUAUAUAUAUAUAUAUACAUAUAUAUAUACACCCACCCGCAUAUGCUAUAAUAUAGCCAUUAUUACCAACCCAAGAAUUAUAUCAGUCCAACUAGUGAUGGCAUCCAGGACUUUGUUUGCUUCUGAAAUUCCACAAAGAUUUGGUGGUCAUUGACAUUUUGUUGGAAAAUAAGGAAGUGCUUUGUAGCUUUCAUCCAUUACUUCCUCACAAAACCUCAACAUUAAUCAGCCUUUUUUUAAAAAAAAGGUAUCCCAUAAAAAGCAGCAUGAUGCAGACAGACGAUCCUUAUAUGUUUAUGAGAGGCAGCGAGUCCUUCUCACCCAGUGUCUUUCCCGACCCCAAAUCGUCAACUUCUGCUUCGACUUCAUCAACAACCCCUUCAACUGCUGGAAUUGCACCUUUGGACAAGAAACCCUUCAAAUGUUCUCAUUGUUCGAAGGCUUUUCUCUACAGCAGCAGCCUCACGGCUCACGAGAUGAUGAUGCAUCGUUCCGAUUUGCCGUAUGAGUGCCGCGACUGUGGGAGACGAUUUUCUCUCAACACUCAUUUAGAACGCCAUCAGAUGAUACACACUGGUGAGAGAUCUUACCAGUGCGAAGAAUGUGGUAAAACGUUCCUGCAUCAGCGUUAUGUCAACGCACAUGUUCGCCGUAUUCACAAUCUCAGCAGACCUUUCAAAUGUGAAUAUUGUACGAAAGCCUUUGCUCACAAUUGCCACCUCACAGAACACAUUGCCAUGCAUUCCAGGGAAAAGACCUGAAUGUGAAGCAAUGACAAUCCAAAUCUCUCCAUCCAACUUUCUCUAUAAGUAGGACCUAGUUACAGCCAUCUUCUGAUGAAUCUGCACAUGACUUCUGUUUUUUUUUUGUUUUUGUUUUUGUUCUCCUCAAACAUCCUUCUCCUUCUCUUUAUUCAAAAGACUGAAUUGAAAUGUCUGUUUAGUUUUUAAGAUAUCUAUGAUUCCCCUUUAGCAUGCUUACAUAUUAAAGUUAAUGAGGCUUUGCACACACACACACACACACACACACA